AUGUAUAGAUUUUCUCAACUUGUUGACUCAUCUGAGCUUCGUGAACAAUUUGUUGAUUUGACAUUGAAGUCUGAAUCUCAAACAGUGGAAGAUGAUAAAUGUUCGCGUUCGGCUACUACAAAAUCUAAGAAAGGAAAACAUCGCAAUACUUCAAAGGAUCUAAGAGAAUCUGGCAAAUCGUGUAAUUCUGGCAGUGUUUUGAAAGACAGCGGUGAUGUUACAAAAAUUGAUGAUUACUGCCACCACCACCUAUACCUUGAACCGUGUGGAUUUCGUAAUGUUAGAAAUUCGUGUUUUCUCAAUGCUUCACUACAGCUGUUACUGAAUAUUCCACCUUUAUGUACAGCUGUAAACAAAUACACGAAUGUGUCGAUCAAUAAUGAUGAUGAUGGUGUAUCGGACACCAAUGACAACAAGAAGACACCAUUAAUCAAUCAAUUGCUCGAACUAAUAGACCAGCUGAAGCCCCGCACAGAAUGCAAUGAUACCACCACGCCCACUCCACCACCACCACCACAACAACAGCAACAAAUAACUCGUAGUGGUGUUGUUGUUGCUGCUGGCAACUCCAUUUCUUCCAAUUCUAAAUUGUCCAAUCAUGGGAACGGUGUACAACCGUACGCGUUAAAUCAUUCGCUUACAUUGAAUCCAAUCUUUGCACAACUACUUCAUAUGGAUUCAGGUGUUCAAGAAGAUACUGCUGAGUGUCUUACAUACCUACUUACACAAUUACAUGAAGAGAUGAGCAAUUCUUCAAUGCCUAUGCCUAAGAGGAGUACUACAGAGGAGGUCCAGUUGAAUGAAGUCGAAAGAAGUCAAAGUGAUGAAUCAGACUGGAUGAUAAUUGAUCGUGCUGGUAAGCACUAUCCACAGGCUAGAAAAAUAGAACUUGAUGGUGGUCAGAGUCCAAUUUCCUCAUUAUUCUGUGGUACACUAGUUACUCGUUCUAAUCUAGUCAAAUCGUCAGACAACUAUUCACCUGUUGGUAAACCUUGUGAACGGGAGAGAAAAAAAGUCUCCGUGAAAGAGCCUUUCUUUAUUCUACCUGUGCCUAUAGAUGAUCCAUCGGCCACCUCUGUUGAAUCUGCUUUACGAUGUUUAGCUGAACCGGAACAAAUUACAGAUUACCAGGAUUCUUUCGGCGGACAACAGGCAGUUGUUCAUCGUCGAUCAACAUUAGAUCGUCUUCCACCGUAUCUUAUUUUACAAUUGAAAAGAUUUUACAAUGAAUCGAAACCAACACCAUCACAGUCAUCUGUAAAAAUGAAUGUCAAUGGAGCUGUAAAUGUUACGCAUAAUGAUGAUAUUGUUGUUGGUGGUGGCAUUCGUCAGACAGCGUCAUCAGCGAUUAUUCGUAAACACUUAAAAUCAGUUAAUAUUCAAUCGAAACUAGUUAUACCUAAAGAGUUGCUUAGUCAAGAAACACGAUUUAACAGUUCACAACGUCACUAUCGUCUAUUGGCUGUGAUAUUCCAUGUCGGUGAGACUGUAGCCUCAGGUCAUUAUACAAUUGCUGUACAUAUGAAUAAUCAUUUAAUCAAAGAUGGCGAGAACACAACAGCAUUCUUAUACUUUGAUGAUGAUCGUGCUUGUAUUCUGAAUACUCCAGAAAGUGUAAAUCUUUUACUAUCAACCCAUCGUCCAUUGGAUACACGAAGUUGUACAUUUCUUCCCCUACCAUCAUCUUCAUCCUCUAAGCAACAAUCUCGAGUUGAUUUUGGGUCGACGGCGACCAGUCAACAUACACCAGCUUCCAGUGUUGUCUAUUCAACUAAGCCUCGAACACCGUAUAUCCUUGUUUAUGAAUCUCAAACAGUGUACUCACCAGCAGGCUGACAAUGAUAAUGGUGGUAUUUUGAUUGUAAGCGAGUGUGUUUUUACACCUAAUCAAAUUUUACCUCUGUCCUUUGUGUUUAUAUUCUUCCCCACCCCACCCGCAUGUGUAAAGCAUUUUCUUUCUUUCUUUUCACGUAUUAUUUUUCCUUUAGCUCUUCUUUUUGUUUUUACCUGAAACUUUCAAUGUGUGUACUUGUACACCCAGCAGAACACAGACUGAACACACCCCCGAAUUCCUUCCACAAUAACUAAUUUCUGUUUAUUAUUAGUUUUAAUGUUUCCUUAUUAUUCUACAUCUAAGCAUGGAUGGGGAUUUCAUUUGGUAUAUUACUAAUUGGGUUUUUCAGUAGUGAUGAUAAAUUCGGAAAAAA